AUGAAACAUUGUCAGAGCUGCUGCCAAACCCCUCCUACUGUCACUGUCCACAUGCAGUCAAGUGUAUGCAGAUCGUAUCAGCAAAAAAAGACCUUCAGCCUUAAACGUCCUAAAUGUAAAGACAGCCAGGAGACUUCCGGGAAAAAUCUGAACAGUACUAACAAAUCAAAACAACCAAAACGUUCCUGUCUAGUUAUUCAAAGACAAGAAAUGACAGGCUUCUUUAAACUAUUUGAUGAUGAUUUAAUUCAAGAUUUCUUGUGGAUGGAUUGUUGCUGCAAAAUUGCAGACAAGUAUCUUUUAGCAAUGACUUUUGUUUAUUUCAAGAGGGCUGGCUACAGUAUAAAUGAACACACCAGGCUGAAUUUCUUUGUUGCUCUGUACUUGGCAAAUACAGUUGAAGAAGAUGAUGAAGAGUCAAAGUAUGAGAUAUUUCCAUGGGCCUUAGGAAAAUCCUGGAGGAAGGUCUUUCCUGACUUCCUAAAGUUAAGGGAUGAACUCUGGAGCAAGAUGGACUACAGGGCUAUUGUAAGCAGACGCUGCUGUGAGGAAGUAAUAGCUAUUGCUCCAGCACAUUAUAUAUGGCAGAGGGAACGCUCUCUGUAUCACAGUGGUGCUACAAGAAGUCAUAGCCAUGAUGAAGUGCACCUGCCUCAAGGCCCCAAUGCCACACCUGUUAAUUGUUCAAUUUGUGGGAAAAAGACAAGAUAUGUAAGGCUGGGGCUAUCAUCCUCUUCCUCCAGUGGCACUCUGGAAAUGAUGGAGCAACACAUUCCUCAGGGAUUCAAUGACUGUCAAGUGCUUCUUGAGCCACCUCCUCACUGUUUUCCCCAAGAUUGCAACAAAGUACUCAACAAAGGAAGAAAAAAUAAUUACAUAAGUCAAGAUAAAUCCAUGGAGUGGUUUACUGGAAAUGAAGAAUAA